AUGCUCCGCCAGGCUAUUCGAGGAGCUCGAUGGUAUGCGGCGCGCAAUCCGUCGGUUUCCCUGCGCGCCUUCAGCGCUGUAACCGCGCGUCGGCUCGACUUCGGCGGGCCAAACGAUAAGGUCAACUUCUUUGAACAAGACGCCCCCGGCCAGAAGCGACGGCCGGUCGACCCCGAGGCUGAAGAACUCGAGGAGCGAGAGGACAUACAGAAUGAACUCACGAAGGUCCAGGAAGAGCUUAAAAUUCUAGAAAAAGGACCAUUCCACCCCGACAGCCCGUUCAUCCAGAGCUUACCAGAAGAAGACCGAAAGAUCGCGCUCGAGGCCCUUCGAAAAUAUGAGGAGGAAAAGGGCCCAACAGAGCCGCUGCCGUCCUUGGAUGAUGUAUUUGACGAGGAGCUGGAUGAGAUGCUGAAGGAGGAAUUUGAGGGCAUGGCAACCGAGCAAGAGAACUGGCAGGACAGCGCCCGAGAACAACGCAAGGUAGCUGCGCGAAAGGCCUCGGAGGCCAGGAAAUUAGCGGGCUCUGACUCUCAUCCCUACGCUGAACGUUUCCGAAAAGCGCUUCGUUCGUAUAUGGUGAACACGUCCGAUGAGCGCGCUUGUCAAGAGCUAUGGAAAGCGUAUCGCCGAUGCAAACAAGCCAUCCCAGGUUUUUUGGAUGCACUGCCGUCAAAAGCCAUGCAGGCAGUCUGGGAAUCACAAACCACUUCCAAAUUAUCCAACACUGUCCGCUCAACGCAUCUGCAAACCCUGGUCCAAGAUUCUACGUCCGCCGGGAAAUCACUCGCCAAGCCACAGAUUCUGUCAUAUAUCCAAGCCCUGCAUACUGGUGGCGCGACCAGCCAGGCAUUGGAACAGUGGGAGGCAUAUCAAUCAGAGCUUUCACAGGAUAAGGACGAUCUUGAGGAAUACUGGAUGCUCGGUGUCCGACUCUUUGCGGCUGCCAAAGACCCCCAACGAGCCCAAGAUAUUGCUUUGGCGUUCCUCUCUAACGACCAAUCUCGACAGCCGAGAGUUCUCAUUCCGGUGAUCACAGCAUGGGGCCUCGUCCCUGGGAAGGAAGCGGAGGUCAGGGCAUGGGCAUUAUAUCUUCAGCUAAAAACGUUCUUGGGUCCCGACAUGACCAUGGACGACUAUGACCAGAUCAGUAUCGGACUCCUUACGGCCGGUCGAUUGGAUACUGCCGUUGCUAUUUUCAAGGAUAUGAUGGUGACCGGACAAGACCCUGCCAAGGAUUCUACGGCCGUGUAUCAAGCAGCCCUUGGUCUCGCUGGCAAUCUCCAUGCAUCGAGCAUCAAUGAGCAGGCCGUGAACAAGGUUUCUCUGUCGGCACUUACCAUGCUGCCUCGUCAAUUUCAGAAUCGCUUCUUCUACGCCAGCUGGAUGAAGAAGCUCAUCGGAAUGGGACAGGUUGACUCAGCUGCACUGGUGAUUGAACUGAUGUAUGAGCGAAAUGUACGACCGGACACUAAGCAUCUCAAUGGCUUAGUCGCAGGGUGGCUCCAUGAGGGCAAUCCCCAAGCGCGAGACAAAGCAGAACGGCUAGCAUGGUCGAUGAUCCAACAUCGCAUCGAUGCCGUAUGGAAGCGAUUUCAACCAGUUGAAACGACACCGCGGCUUGAAGUCAAGCAUCAAGAUGUGGAAUCUAGCCGAAUUCCUCACUUUAUGAAGCGUGAGGUCCCACCUGCUAGCAUCGAGACAUUCUCUAUCCUUCUCCUCCACUACACACGCCGGGGUGAUGACGAUAUGGUCAAGUAUCUAGUCAAGUGCCUUGGUGACGCCCACAUCCAACCAAACUCAUACUUCAUGAACCACCUCCUUUACGCCGAACUUCGCAAACAAGACAUCCGCUCUCUCUGGACGAAAUUCCAAAAGAUGUCCGCCUCUGUUCGGCCCGACCUGGAGACUUACGCCUGUCUCUGGGACUGCGCAAAACUGCAAUUCGAUCGCGGUCGCACCUCGUACGAUGCAGGGUUCCCAUCAGCUCGUCAAUUAUUCGCCAGUAUGAUGCGGUGGUAUUCGCAGCUCACCCCACGAGCCCGCAAAAUUACAAACACCGAGUUCUCCAAGGACCUUUAUGAUCAGAUUGUGCGUUGUUUCUGUCUAUCUAAGGACAUCCCAGGCACGCUUGUCGCCAUCCAUUCGAUGCGAACAACAUUCGGGUUUGCACCGGACGACGUCACUGCCCGUUUGAUUGUUCUUCAGGUAGCACGUCUAGCCGGUGUACCCGCCGACACACCGAAGCAUCGCCUUCGUCGGUUAUCAUCUACUCCACGAAGCAAAGAGAACAUUGGACAGGUCAACCGGCUAUUAAAAUUGCUUGGCGAACGCAAGUCCAUGGCUCUCCAGGCUCAGGGCUUGAGCGUUGAGCAGCUUGAUCCGCACGAGACACAGCAGUAUCAGCUCGAGAUCAUGGCCCAGCUUCUGCGUAUUGUGUUGAGUCGGACGAACCGUUUGGACCCUGUGCAGAUUGAGAGGAAAUUAGCACAAGCAGCAGGGGAGAUGGAACUGCUGGAUAUCGAUCUUGGUUCGCCUUUGGGGGUGGAAGACAGCCAAUUGCUGUAA